GCCCGGUGCGACAGCGAAGGGGUCGGCAGGCAAGCACACAGAUGUUCAGACUCGCAACGGCUGGGGUGCGGAGCGCGGGCGGAGCGCGGGCGUGGGCAGCGGCGGGCGCGCAGGCGUGGCAGAGUACAGCGGCGCAGGGCGUGGAGGUGACAGAGUCCGGCGAGGUGGUGGUCGCCCCGGACUCGGGGAUCAAGUGGGUCUCGCUCGCGCCGGUGGUCGACGAGGUGGACCCGGCCGAGGUCGAGGCUGCGGCGGCGCACCGCCGGGUUGGCAUGUAUCUGAAGAUGUCGCGCCGGCAGAUCCAGCGCCGGUACAAGCGGCUGUACCGGUCGACGCUCAAGCUGGCCAAGCGCAAGAAGACCGCCAAGGUCGCCAAGAACUCGGUCCGCAUCCGCGAGCUGGAGAUGUUCAUUGCCGCCGCCGGCGGCAGCCUCACCGACGAGCACAUGAAGCCGUGGACGAUGGCCAAGCCUUCUGAGGACGCCUAUCGUGCCCAGGAGGCCGCCGUUGCCUCGUCGAUUGCCGAGUGGAAGGACGUGUUCUCGCGCGAGGAGCAGCAGCGGACCACCAAGGGCAACGUCAUGCUCGACAUCUUCAAGGGCGAGUUUGACGCAUGAGUAAACGUGUUCCAGAGCUUC